GCGAUGCGGUCGCCUAUUUACUCAAUCGGUAAAUCUGACGCUAUAGAAAUUAGUUUUCAAAAUGGCGUCUUUUGAUGAGUGUUUAGAUUAUGCAGUUCAGAAUUGUCCCGUUUUAGUGGACAAAUCUUUGAAACUGAAAGAUAAACAGUUAGAUACUUUAAAAGCAUUAUACGAAGGAAAUGACUGUAUAUCGGUUUUGCCGACAGGUUACGGAAAGAGUAUUAUUUUCCACAUGUUACCGUGGUUUACACAGCGCCUGUAUCAGAGAGACAAACCGAUGAUUGCGUUAGUUGUUUGUCCGCUGAAUUCUAUAAUGCAAGAUCAAGUGCUUUCUCUUCGAAAGGCAGGGAUAAAUGCAUGCACAAUUAGCAUCACCGGUACACAUGGGAUUGCUUUUGAUGAGAAAGAUGCAGGUGAUGAAGAUUUUGAAGAUCACACCAGUGAACAUUGUACCAUUGAAACUGAUGUACCAUUUGAAACAUUAAUGAGAGGAGAGUUUAACCUGAUAUACUCCCAUCCAGAGGCAUUAUUUAAAACUAGAUUUGCCAAACUGCUGAGAUCAAAACUGUAUCAGGAUACUGUGUGUGCAGUAGUAAUUGACGAAGUGCACAUGAUUUCAGAAUGGGGAGAAGAAUUUCGUCCUGCUUUUAAGAAGCUUGGGGAUCUAGUUUGUGUAUUUGAAAAGGCAUUACAUUUACUUUUAACUGCAACAGUAACACCAAAGUCUAUCCUUACCCUUACGAAACAGAUAAAUUUAAAAAAUCCUGUUGUGAUCACCGAAAAUGUAGAUCGACCAAAUAUCUUUUUGGAGAUAAGAGCAAGGCUCCCAAACAUAAAAAAGUUUGAAAAAUAUGAUGACUUGAUUGAACCUGUUAUAUCAGAAUUACGAGAAAAAAGACUUCUAUUCCCUGUAACAAUUAUGUAUGUAGAUAAUCUUGAAGCGCUAGGGUAUUUUUUCCAAUAUGCUGCACACAAUCUUCAGGACUUGGGGUAUGAUGGAGAAAAAAAUCCUCAAAAUAGACUCUUUGCACAGUUUCACAAGGACUAUCCAGAGUCUAUGAAAAAACUUAUUCUUCAAGAGCUUACUAGUCUGAACCCCAAACUUCGUUUGGUGUUUGCAACAGUUGCUCUAGGAAUGGGUGUUAAUUCACCUAGUGUUGUACGUAUUAUUCACAGCAGACCCCCCACAUCAAUGGAAAAAUACCUCCAAGAAAUUGGACGGGCUGGGCGACUUGGACAAGAGGCUUCAGCUGUUAUGUAUUUCAAUCAAAGCGACAUUGCAAAAAACAGGAAAGGUAUUACUGAUGAAAUACGAAAGUACUGCACACAUCAAGGCUGUUUGAGACUUAUGCUUGUAAAUUACUUUGGGUUUGAUAGUCCUGUAUAUUCAGGAGAGAAAAAAAGUUGCUGUUCAAAUUGUAAAACUCUUGCUGAACAGAUUUGAAAACUUCAUAUUAAUAG